ACAAUUCCGGCUACGCCAUUCGACAUUAAAGAAAUUAAGCCGCAGUUAUGUUUUGGAGAUAAAUAUGAUAUAUACGCGGUUAGGUUUUUGGAACAUAACUUGAUUUCUCGCGCCGAAUUUUCCAGAAUACUAUGGUGUUCAAAAAAAGCUACAGCCUAUGUCAUUGAUGUCUCACCGUCAAUGUGGCAAGCGCCGACCGCUGAUGAAUCGCCUCCAAUUGAAUCAGCAAAGAAGGCUGUUGUCGGAUUGCUUGAUGUGAAACUAUUAGCGAAUGCUAAAACAGAUAUCACAUCAGUUUUAGCUGUUGGGACAGAUGACACUGAUUACGGGCCGAUUGAAGACUUUGAUGAGGAUUAUGAACAUAUCAAAGUCAUAACUGGGUUGGAAAUGCCGACAUUGGAUCUACUCCGCACAGUGCAGCAUCAACUUCCGCAAGGAAACACGCCUGGGAAUUGUCUUGAUGGAGUAUCUGCAGCGAUCGAGAUAAUUAGAACACAUUGCAGACAUCUAAAGUACGAGAAAAAAAUUUUUCUCAUGACGGAUGGAGAAUCUCCAAUGUCCAGCACACGACUACAGCAAAUAGUUGAUGAACUAAGAAAUAAUGGAAUUGAGAUUUUUGUUCUGUUAGAACGUCUAACAAUAAUUAAUUCUUUGUCAAAAAGAGGUGUCGGAUUUAGUGAUCCUGAUGAGGAUACAAACGAUCCAAGCAAAUCACUGACAAAACUUGCAAACGAAGAUUUGUUCCGUGAUCUCGUCAGUCGAGCUCCUGGAAGCAGUUAUAUCACCCCGAUGGACAGCGCCUUGGAGGAAAUUUCCCAACCGUAUGUGCGUCCAGUCCGCCCAACUCCAUUAUUUCGCGGAGCUCUCACCAUUGGUAAUAAAAACGAGUAUGGCGAUUCGGCUUUGGGUGUUAAUGUAAUGAUGUACGCUCGCACAAAGAAAGCCAGUCUCCCGUCAUUCAAGAAAUGGUCUGUAUUGGCUGAAAAUGCACAAGAUGACAGACAGAAAACGCACGAGGUUCUGCGAACUUACUCGUAUAGUGUGUGGGACGAUGAAAACGAUGUGGAAGUUCAGGUUGACAAGGAAGAUUUGAUGAAAGCAUAUCCUUAUGGAGCGACGUUGGUACCAGCUCAGAAUUUUGAUGAAGAGCAAUUUAAGCUAGACACGCAUAUGGCUUUAGACAUUCUUGGAUUUGUUAGAGUUGCUGAGAUAAACAAAGACUUGUUUAUGGAUGAAACGCUGUCGAUAGUCCCUCAGAAAGAUGAUCACGCAUCAGCACUUGGAUUCUCUGCACUUGCACACGCCAUGUACGAAAAGAAUUUAAUAGGACUGGCUAGAUUUGUCAAGAGGAUUCGCGGCCCGCCGGUAAUGCUUGGAUUAAUCCCACAUAUUACAGCCGAAAGAGAACUGAUAUACGGUUACAUGCUGCCGUUUAAUGAAGACCUUCGUUAUUACGAAUUUCCUCCACUCGAUCGAGUACAGAGUCAAAAGGGCGAAAUUAGAUCUGAUCACCCCUUACUUCCCUCACCCGAAUUGUCUGAGAAGAUGCGGCAGUUUAUAGAGCAGAUGGAUCUUAUGAAUGUUCCUGAUGAAGAUGGGCAACAAUUCAAGCCGACAGCUGUUUUAAUCAAAAGAGCAGUCACCCAUAGGGCAUUAAACCCGGGUGCUGAAUUGCCCCCUCCAGACGAAUCGUUACUCUCUUUUCUAAAACCAUUACCGGACAUGAUUAGUAGAAAUCAAUCUCUAGCAGAUGAACUAGCCGAACUGUGUGAUAUAACGAAAAGUGAGGAGAAACAAAAAAGAAGUAGACGAGAUCGCAGCGAGGAAGUAGAGGAGGAGGAAGUCGAUAUUGAUGAACUCUUUGCCCUUGCAAGUGAAGAGCCGUCCAAACGAACGCGGCGGGAGGAAGGGUCAGGCAGUAGUUCGAUUACUGUAGGAAGGGAAGAUCCGAUAAGGGAUUUCCAGGCAAUGAUUGGUUAUAGGGCCGAAGAUUUAGUAACUACAGCCGUGGAACAGAUGUGUGCCGUCAUCAAAGAGUUUAUCUCUGGGGACGAUUCGGAGAAACAUGCGUUGGCAUUAAACUGUAUUAAAGUAUUGCGAGAUGCUUGUACGAAAGAAAACGAAUCCGAUACAUUCAAUAAUUUCCUUCGUGAACUACGGGAUAUCUGUUUAAAUGCUGAAACUCCAAGGACAGAUUUCUGGAAUCAAAUUCUUCAAGAACAAAUCUCCUUAAUCAGCGCAGAUGAAGCGGUUGAUAGUAGUACUUCAAUCAUUGAAGCGAGACAGUUCUUGCAAUCCUCGUCCUCAUCCCAUCAGGAUGUGGAGAUGGCAGGCGUUUGA